AUGGAGCACUUAAAAUUUGUGUGCUCCGGCUCCGCUCACGCUCCGACCAGAAUAUGGUUGCUCCGAUUGCUCCGCGCUCCAGCUCCAGCUCCGCUCCAAAGCCCUACAUAUCCAGACAUCCAUGUCGGACUCAUCCUUCCUUAUAGGGGUCCUGAUGGGAAUGUGGACACCACUUUGUUCGAUCCCAGCUGGUUCCAGUGGAUGGAUAACCUGGAUAGCUACCAGGUAGUUUUAGUUGUUCUCAGACUAGUUUUUUUUUCAGUAUGUCCAAUAUCUGUAGCAUCCUUUCUGCUGCCACCAAUGGGCGUUUGCGGGGUUCAGAGAGCUCAUUAUCUAGUCCACACCUUCUUCAUAACUGUGACAAGGCCUGACAUUCAAGCCAUAGGUGCAGAUUGCUCAGUAUACUGUUCCGAUUCAGCCCUCUCCAGUUGCGACUUGGCCAUCCAAGGCUUCCACACCAAUUCUGCUACACUUCUUUUUACCUCAGCUCAAAACAUCUUUGAGAGUGAAAAUUCAGAAGAAGUUGAGUACUUCAAGAGGAACCAACUGACGCUGAUGAUUGAGAGCAAUGACAUCGAGGAUUUAGAGCCAACAUACGGCCUGCUGACGAUUGGUAGGAACGUUCUGCUGAACUUCAUGACUGGAUUUGAAAGGUUGCAUAACAAUUCAAUGUUUAAUGUUGAACAGCCACACCACAAGCAACCACCAAAUGAACAAAUUAACAAAUUUGUACUCUCCGGUCGACCAACCAUUCAAGAAAUGGAUAUCUGUGAGUUUGUUCUACCAUUUGGAGAUUUUCUCCUUGCACUUUACGCCCGAGGCAUUGUCCGAGGUGGAAUAAACAAGCAAAUAAACGAAACUCUCAUCAGCUUCCACACCUGUCCCUCCCCCGACUCCUACGAGUCCUUGAACGACGACGAUGCUGGUAGCGAUGGAGGAGCCGAUAGUGACGAUGUGGACGACGAUACUGAGAAAGUAGGAGAUGAAUCUUUUGGGAAAGGAAGGGAGGAGGAUGACAGCGACAGUUGCGACUGCAGCGUCAGUGUCAACAGCCAUCCGACCGUCGGUACACGCACUCACGCCGAAAUAGAUACCAGCGAUUGUGCUACACGUGCAACUGUUCUGCCAGAUGAUAACGAUACCAACGUCAGUCUCGAUAGCAAAAGUUCAUCUCGUCCGAAAAGUUUGAAAAUCGUUCCAACUGAUAAAAACAGGAUCAACAACAUUAACAAAUUAAUGGGGGACCCUCGUAGAUUUUUGGAAACACUAAUGAUGGCAGCAAAAGCGCUGUUCACUUUUACUCAUUUCUAUUUCAUAGGUUACGGGAUUUCCAACGUGUUUCGCUUAUAUCCUACUAGUGCAGUUCGUCUUGUAUACUCGCUCCUCAUUGGACGACCGGUCAUUGUUUACACGUCACUGGCCAAUCACGAACAAGCUAUCAAAAAGUUGAUUACUGCGUUGUGGAUGUUUGUACCCGGUUAUUUCAGUGUUGCUCCGUGGUCCACUCAGCCAAUAAGAAUGGAGGAUUUAAAUUGCUUGAAGCUUAUUGGUCUGUGCACGGGGGAGAAGAAAUCAUUUGAUUGCAUGGUGCCCAGAAACGUGCAGACCGGUCUUCUAUUGGCUGCCAUGGAAAAGAGGGCGGUCCUCAACAACGACUCCGUCUACAUAGCCUACUGGCAUAGUUUAUUUUUCGACCUGGCCAGCAAAGCAUUCCAAUACUUUCACGAAUUCCUCAUGAGUGAAUCAUCAUCAUCUUCUUCAUCUUCAGAAACCAAGUAUGUGCUGUACGUUGUGAUGAUGAUGACGACAGUGGCGGACCUAGGGGGGUCGGAGUGGAAAGGCAUUGAAACAAAAGUAUCUUGGGGGAUGUUGAUGUUCUGGUCUUGUUCUGAGUUGGAUUGGAUGGCUCGGAGAGAACAAUUGGAAUAUAGUAAAUGUUCAAAACGGGCUAUCUACGGGUUGAUUGUUGUGGGCGAUGAUUGUGAGAUGACUUUGACCUCUUUGAUUAUGACAGCAGAUAUGCUGAUGGAGUUUUUCAUAAAGGGAUUAGGGACUAUUAGGCAGAUCGGCAUGGCUGCAACGUCAGCAAAGGAUGCUCCAAUCAGAAAUUUUUUGCUCGGAGAGGCUGGCGGUCACUCGGGAUGA